AUGGCUCCAUCAACUCAAGUCCCAUUGAUAGAGCCCCAUCCGAUCGAGUCCGAUCCAGAGCUAGACAAAUCCUUGAAAACUCUCGAAAACUUCCUCGGACUCAUCGGCUUCCGCCAGUGCACUGUCAUCGGUACCGCCUUGUCGUGGCUCGUCUUCGUUCUACUCGUCUUCGCUUUGCCCCUUCUUUCGAUCCAAUUUUCGUACUGUUCCAACUGCGAGAAGUACGAGAUAAAGAGUUUCGAGCUCGAAAUUCUUGCGUCGCAAACAGUCGUUGCUGCUAUAUCUUUCCUCUCCAUUUCGUAUAUUCUCCGAAAGUAUGGCGUGCGGAAGUUGCUGUUUGUUGAUCAUUGCCAUGGACAUUUGGCCAAGUUUCGUCAUCUUUACCUUCAGAAAAUUCGCGUCUUUUACCGCUUACUGACUUCGUGGGUCAUUAUUUGCCUUAUAUUAAAGGUGGCCCGUGAGAUUACUCGUGCGGUAUAUUUACACCAUGAUUCUUGGUGGUGCUCUGCUUUGAAGUUGCUUGCUUGCAUUGUAUCAUAUACAUAUGUGACUCUAGUCUUCUUAGCUGGUUGUGCCCUGUUCCACUUGGUGGGCAAUUUGCUAGUGAUUCACUUCGAAAAUUAUGGGAAACUACUGGAAAGGGAUUUGGGUGUUUCAGUUUACAUCGAAGAGCACAUGCGUUUAACCUCUUAUUUGUCCAAAAUAAGCCACAGGUUUCGGGUAUUUCUUCUUCUAGAAUUCUUGGUUGUCACAGUUAGUCUGUUUAUGGCUCUAUUGCAGACAUUAGGGAACCAUGGGAUCAUAAAUUUCAUCAAUGGAGGUGAUUUUGCAGUGUUAUCUAUAGUUCAGCUUGUGGGGAUUGUGCUCUGUCUAAAUGCAGCUGCAAAGAUUUCUCAUAGAGCUCAAAGCCUGGGUUCAAUUGCUAGUAGAUGGCAUGCAUUGAUUAGCUGCAAUUCAAAUGAUGGUUCCUUCUCAGCUGUUUCAGAUGCUGAUGUUCCAUAUCCCGUGCGUCCAUUAUCAAUACAUUAUUCAGAAAGUGAUUUAGAGUCCGGUGAUUGCACGCAAUCGUCCAUGACUUUACAAUUGACAGCUUCCAUGUCAUCAUAUCAGAAGAGACAAGCCUUUGUUACCUAUGUGCAGGCGAGUAGUGGUGGAUUCACUAUCUUUGGAUGGAUGAUUGACCGUAUGCACAUUACUACGAUUUUCUUCAUCGAGCUGUCACUAGUUUUCUUCGUCCUCGGGAAGACUAUCACUAUCGCAACGAGAUGA